AUGCUUGAUGCUCUCGGCCUCUGCCCGCUCUUCAACAUUGGAUUGCUCACCCCAGCACCGCGACCGCCGCAAGGCCUAACAUCCACGCUCAGUAUCGACACAGCCCAGCACCAAGCAAAACCACAGUAUCUUUUCAGAUCGCCCACUAUGACCAAGAUCGAGUACGCCAUGGCGUACAACAAGUGUACGACCAACGAACUCUACAAGUUCAUUGCUGACCGCUCCGGUCAACCACCCCCAACCUCCCCAGGGCGCAAGCGCGCUGAAUAUAUCCGCAUUCUCGGGCAACUUGAUGAGGACAUGGAGCCCUUCCGCUUCCUGCAUCUGGCUCCGGAGAUGCGCAACCUGGUCUACAAGGACUUGCUCAGUCCUGGCCCAGCACCUAGAUUCUACGGCGAGUUGAGGGGACGGCGGAGGCACUCCUUCCCCGAGCUCCUCUGUGCCUGUUAUCAAAUCAAUCAGGAAGCGGACAGUAUGCUAUACGCCGGUCAUAAAGUCGCCGUCAGGAUCACAGGACGUACUUAUAGUCGCAACUGGCCGCGGGCUAACACCCAAGACCUGCGUACAGGCAAGGUCGAAAGCGUCAUCUGGAUCGACGAAGGCCGUUUCAAUCAUCAGGGAAUCCCAAUCAAUGGCACACCUUCGCUCAAGGAUCAGAACAUUACAUGGCCAGCGCAGGUUCUCAAGGCCCGCCACCUCGCAAUCAACAUCGAGCACGAAGCCGACCACAUGCUGGCACAUCUCUGCCAAGCAUACCCGAUCGUAAACAAGACACUAUACGGUCUUGUUUCGGCCUUGGUGGUUCACAAAGACCCUCUUUUGAUCACAGAGCUUGCGGGAUUCCCGAACACUUUCGGUUUCUACUCCCAUCUCACUCGCAUCACCCUGCUCGGGCCGUAUAUGCAGCUCAUCUGGGGUGAAGGCGUCCCACCGAGUUCCGCGGAACCUCUCCACCAGGACGCGCAAUCAACAGCCCACGUCAUGGACGUCGUGGGCUACGAUUGCUUGCAAGUGGCUAAGAUGUUCCUUGCUAAGAGGACCGUAUUGCAGGAGAUGGAGUUCGAGCUUCGCUCCGACUACGACAUUGUCAUUCGCACAGUCGCUUUUGUGGAAAUAGUUGCUAUUGAGAAGGUGCUAAGCCGUACCGUUUGCAUUGGCAAGGCACUCCGAGGGUUGAGGAAGACCGGUAAGGAAGACAAGCUGAUCGAGCUGUGGGAUGAGUAUACUGUCCAACCUUAAACAGCGUCCACAUGCGCUUGUGAGAGAUUGACAUAGGCAGAGACGCUGUCUUAUCUUUUACAGAAAUACACACCGGUCUGUAGCGUGUUUUACGAUUAAUCAGUCCCAUGGAUUGUCGUUCGUGAUAGUGCGUAGUCGUAUGCAUGGCCGUUGCAAUGCUGAAGGGAGAAUUCUGUCGCC